AUGAUUCGACUUCCUGGAGACGGAGCAGACGUGCUGAUGUACUGCGACCGGCCGGUUGUAGACACGGUGUUUCCGGAAAUAGGAUGUAGGUGCAGGGCCAGGGUUGUCAGAACGACGUUUACACAGGUGAUCGUGCAGAUAUUCGAGGUGGAGGAAAGGCAGACUGCAAUCGAGUACAGAGGUGUCUUCAGGCCUGCAGACUUCGAUCCAAACGAGCACCUAUGCGACAAGUUUGGAAAGGGCGAUGUCGUUGAGUGUACCGUUGUGUCGUAUGGAGAUAGCGGGGUGUUUGUGAAUCUUUGA